CUUGUUUGUUAUGUUAUGAUUUUCCUUAAAUACAGAAAGUUAUUUACUGUUUAAAACUGAGCAAUGGAGCAAUGGGAAGCUAUAAUAGAGAAUUUGGAGCGUCCUCCGGAUCAGUGUCACCGUACGUUCGAAAAAAUAUUGGAAACAGCGACCGCAAUAUUGAAUACUGCGUCGAAACAGCUCGCCUCUUUUGAAACAGAAUGGCUAGUCGAGACUCUUCUCCACUCUCCAGUAGAACUACUAGCCACCGUGUCAAAGCAGCGUAGUGAUGAGGCGUGGCGCAAAGCUGUUGCCGAUGCUCUGAAACUCUUGGCGACUGUGGCUGGACUGUCUCAUAAAUAUUAUGAGCAGAUUGUUGAUAUCUGUCUUCUAAACUACGACCCUGAGCUUCGUAAACACGCGCUGUUGUGCCUCGCUGAGGUCGCUAAGCAUUCAGACGCCGCUACCAGAGACUUCGCUAGACACGUUCAAGCAUUGGAAGAAGCUACACAGUGCAGAGCACCUAUUGCUCUUUUAGUCGGCGCCCUGUGCGAGCAUCACCCGGCGGUCGUUUGCGACGAGCUCACUCGCAUCUGGCGCGGGUAUCUCAACAUGCUCGAUAACAACAAGAACACGGACACAGUGACUAAAGCAGCACUAGAAGGCGUGUGCAGUUUGUUGAAGCAUUUCGGCGAUGAGCUGCCCUGUGCGGAGCUAAACCAGUUCUACGACAACCUCGCCAGAGUAUACCUCGAGAAGAAUGGCUGUCAGAACGUAUGCUACACAAUCCUGGCCGAACACGCAUCGUUGUUCCGCGAGCGAGUUUCACGAGACCGUGCGCUUCGCUCGAAAUUGUGGGGCGCCGCCCCCGCGGAGACUUUACUUAGUAUCUACUCAGUGGUAAAGUCUGUGGACAAAUCAGGAUUAGUGAACAUAUUAACAACCGAAGUCCUCCCACACACGGCGUCACCGUCCUACCAAGUCAAAACGACAGCGCUACGGGUACUGGGCAGCUCCGAAAGUUUCGGAGAUCUGUCCCAGUUUGUAGAUAUACAUACACUGGAGUAUGAGAUGAGGACGAAAAUGUCGUACGCUGAUGCUGAGCUUGUACUAUGGUGCGUAGAAUACAGCCUGCCAAACAGCGAGCGACUGAUACAGGCGGCCAUUUUGUUUUACGAGAACCUGCCGCAAACUGAGCUGCCCCCAAAGCUAUUCUCCCUGCUACGCCUAGCAUCUCUAGUGCCACCUUUACACGCCAUACCGUUGCUUGCAUGCGGCCCGCAUUUGCGGGGGUUCGUCCAUCAUGCAUCUACUCUAAAUGCUGCCAAAGUUAUACCUGUUGGGGCUAGUGACUUUUAUAAGUCGAUACGAUUACACAGAUGUCGCGACGAAGCCACCUUACACGCGGCCUGUCUCGCGCUGGUACAAUGUUCGGACGAUGUCGAGAUAGAACCGAGUGAAAUGCUGACGGCGUUGCAAAUAAUAUUUUAUAGCGACGUGGAUCCGAAUAUACACAUAGAAGCUUUAAGAAAAUUCGAUUAUUUACUAAGUAAGGAUGAAAAUUUGGACGCCAUUCGUGAUGCAAUACGUUCGGUAGAAAAAUUGAGAACGCGCGGCGACCGAACGGAUCGAGAUUUCAGGAUACUUCACAGAGAAAUCACCAUGUUCUUAGGCAAGCACGGGAACGUGGAUAUGAAUAAUAACAGAGAUACUUGGGACGACUCUGUCGUGGUCGAUCUGAAGAAAUCCCUCGCCCUGACUUUGCCGCACCAGGGGACUUCUUAUAAGGUGGAUCUAAAGGCGACGCUACUUCUAGCCUUGCAGCAUGAAGAUCCAAACGCUCUGCGGACGUUGCUGGCGAUGCUGUGUUCUAACUUGUCUUCCAACAAAGAAGUAACAACACAACGGGCUAUAAUACGCGUAGUUUUAUCUCUAGCGAACGCUCACGCUAUGGGCGGCUUAGAAUACGCAGGACAAAUACAACAAGCCGUGCGUUUGUGUGACGACGCCAGUCUGGAUCUAUUACAGUACAUAAGCAGCAGCAAAUCGUGCGGGGCGCGCAAGCUGCUAGCCACGGCGUUGUCUGAGCUAUGUGAGGAGCCUGACGUUUUGCAAAAAGUCGCUGAACGUACGUUCGUCAUGUUGGCUAGCACUGAAUGGGUCACUUUCGGGGGGUAA